AUGGAAACAGGAAAAGGAAAACUACCGCCUCAUCCAUUUGCAAAGCCAUUCUCUAAUAGAUAUUCAACAAGUGCAGAAGGAUUUUAUGAACAGUCUUUGCAAUUGAGAAGAGAACAAGAAAGAUAUAAUAUGAUGCAACAAGAAAGGUAUUUAUUAACAAAACAAAUGUCUUAUUUAGAUAUUAUUCCAAAGUGUUGUGGAUAUCCACUUCCUUCAUUAUUUGAACAACAAGAAUAUCAACCAAUUGACUUUUUUAUUCAACCAUUGCCAUCAGUAAAUGAUAGAUUAGGAAUUACACCUGAAUUACCUAAAUUAACACAAAGAGAAUUACUUACAAGUCAACCUAAACAUAUAUUUCCAACCACUUCAAAUGUUCAAUCAGAUAGGAAAGACAAUUUUACAAAAGAAAAUGAAGAUAAAAAUGAAAAUAAUGUUGAUGAUGAUACAAUUACAGAAGUUGCAAGUGAAACAGAAGAAGUUUUAAUAGAAACAAUCAAAGAAAAAGAACAACCAAAACAAAAGAAUAAACGUAAAAAAGAAAAACCUCAAAAAAAGAAGAUAGAAGUACCAAAAAUUAAUGAAGACACAGACGAAAUCUUUGUUCAUGAAAAAAGAAAAAGAAGAAGUUACAAUAGAAAAAAUAAUGGAAAACGAAAGAAAGAUCCAAAUAAAAAAGAAAUUGAAGAAGUUCUUGAAGAAAAUACUUUACACACAGAAUGUAUUCUUUCUAAUGAAAAAGAUGUAACUGGGAUUGAUGAUGGAUUAAACAACCUUGGCAAAGAAAAUACUCUAAUAGAAUUGGCACAAUUAAAACCACCAAUAUUUACUAAUGAAGAAAAAGAUGAAAAAAGAUUUCAAAGUGGAAUAGAAAAAAUAAAAAUAAACCUUAGUAAUUUAACUGCAAAUAAAAAGGAAACUGACUCAGUACCAAUAAGGUUCCAUGACAAUGUUGUAAUUGAAAAUAAAGAAGAAAUAGUAGAAUUAAAUUUAUUACCCUUAGAAAAUGAAGAAAAGAAGUUUCAACACUUAGAGUUUCAAGACGAAAAGAAUAUGUUUGUUAUCAAUGACAACGCAAAGCAAGUUCCAGAAAUAUUAAUAUUACAAGAACCUUCUUAUCCAUUGAUAUCUUGUAAAGAAAAAAUACCAAUCAUCAAUAAAAAAAUAAAUUAUAUCUGA